CCGUGUCGCGCUUUUGGUUGAGUCCAAAGAUGGCCGUCGGAAUCACAUGUGCUACACUGCGGAUCUGCUAAAGAUUUGGACCAGGAGCAGGACUGCGUUUUUGUGGGUCUUUUUUGUUUUGUUUUUGGUUUGUUGUUGCUGAAUUAAAGCUUGAAGGCGAAACUGAGUGCGGUUUAAACGAGUAAGGACACAAUGCCUCACAGAAAGAAGAAAUCGUUCAUCAGCAAGAAGAAUGCCGUGUCCUUUCAUCUGGUGCACCGGAGUCAGAAAGACCCUCUGGCAGCCGACGAGAAAGCGCCUCAGCACGUCCUCUUACCUGCCGAAGCUGGAGGUGGAGAAAAGGAGGGAGGAGCAGAGGAAGUACGGCGUGUUUUUCGACGACGAUUACGACUACUUGCAGCACCUCCGAGAGGCGCCUCAGCCUGCAGAGCUCAUCUCCGCCUCCAGACCGCACCCACGACCUCUGGGGUGUGAAGAGCAGGAUGAGGAAGAGGAGGAGGCCAUGGAAGAGGUCAUCAAGAUUCCUGCGGCUUCCAUCAGUCUCCCGUCGUCUGUGUUUGCCUCCGAGUUUGAGGAAGAAGUGGGUCUGUUAAACAAAGCAGCUCCGAUAUCAGGCCCGAGGUUGGACAUGGACCCGGACAUCGUGGCUGCUCUGGAUGAAGACUUCGAUUUCGACGACCCUGAGAACAUCCUAGAGGACGACUUUAUCAUUAAGGCCAACGUGCUCACGUCCCGAGACGGCACCGCGGGUGAUGAUGAUGGUGAUGAUGGUGAGUGGGAGGACACUGACGAAAGCGAGACCGAAGAUGACGGAGACCGGAGCUACGACUCGGCAGGGGGCGUGUCCAACGAGGACGGCGACACGGACAGGAGACAGUUCAUGUUCAUGGACUGCGAGACGAAGAGUCGGUUCACGGAAUACUCGCUCACGUCCUCUGUGAUGAGGAGGAACGAGCAGCUCACACUCCUCGAUGACCGCUUCGAGAAGUUCUACGAGCAGUUUGAUGACGAUGAAAUUGGUGCUCUCGAUAACGCAGAGCUGGAAGGAUUCAUUGAGCCAUCGAGUACAAGACUGGAGGAGAUCAUCACCGAUUACUACAAACAGAAGGAGAAAGAGACCCAGAACCCGGAGCAGCUCGGACCUCCUGCACUGCCCUCAGUGAAAGAGGACGAGGAGGACGAAGAGCAGGAAAUGGAGACGCUGGUGAUCGAGGAGCUGCCUGAGGAGAAAUGGGACUGUGAGACCAUCAUCAGCACCUACUCGAACCUCUACAACCGCCCGAAGAUGAUCAAAGACCCACCUGAGCAGAAACAGAUUCGCGUAUCCAGUAAGACGGGGAUUCCUCUGGACGUUCUGCCUCAGAAAGGUCUGACGGCCAGGCAGGUUGAGCGCAUGGAGAGGAUCAACGACUCGGACCUGCCACGAGCCUCCACCCAGCCACGCUCUCGAGAGGAGAGCAAAGAGGAUCGCAAACUCCGCAAACAAGCCAUCAAAGAGGAGAGGAAGGAGCGCCGGACGGAGAAGAAGGCCAAUAAGGUGGCGUUCAAGGAGGAGAAACAGAAGCAGGAGAAGCAGAUGGUCAGCCUGAGGGCUAACGUUCAGGGCUUGAAGCUCUCCUGAUCUCCACCAGACGUCUUAAGGAUUAUAGACUGGAUUUAUUAGGUUUGUCGUCCUGAACUAAUCGAAGUGUCCAAUAAUUGGAUCCUCUGAGUUUCUGCUCCUUUUUCCAGUGGUAGCUUGUGAUGGAACAACGUACGGCAAAAUCUCGAGUGAUGUACAGAGCGAUUCAAGAUUUGUCCAACCUUUACCCUUUAUUGAGGUUUAUUUUUUGAUGUGUAAAUAAAAGUAUUUACAGCA